GCAGGCACUGGGUGUACCGCUGCAGUAUUUAGCUACAAGAUACCUCUACAAGUACCGGGAUUGGCAGCCUAAUUUUUUGUCAAUCCGCCUCGGGGAUUUGCCUUACCCACUCGACCGCGAUUGUGAUACAGUGCUUUGCUGAGCUGUUUGGCUCCCCGCAAUUUGUUUCUUUCCUAUCGAGGACGCUUUAUCGCCUCAUUCAUUCCACUUUCCAACCCUCCUCUUUCUCCCCCUUUCUUUAUCAUCACCAUCGACGAAAAUAUCGCCAAAAUUUCCACCGCCGAGGCACGAGAGAGGCAUCCACGAUGUCGCAUAAAACCCUCUACUGGCCAGAGCCUUUCUUCUAUGCCAUUGGGAAUACAGUUGCAUCAUGUUUGACACAAGAUCUUCCGCCGGAGGAGCCGGCGAGGGUCUUAUCGUUGGGGUGUGGGGACCCGAGGAGUAUUUUAUUUUCGGUUCAGUGUGCUAAAAGUGGGGUCGUCCGUCGUCUUCUGCCUGUAUUUCCGUCAUGGAGUUUGGAGGCUUACAGUGAUGACGAUUGGUAGUGGACUUUGAUUACGAUUUCACUUGCUGUGAUAUUGAACCGGGAAUUCUAGGUGAGGGUUCCUCUUGAGUGCUUGGUGGGGAUGGGUUUUGAUUGGGCCAUGUCCAGCACGAAAUGUUGUACUGUUGGCAUUGAUCUUCGAGGGGAAUAAAUCGGAGGCGAGGAGCGAGAAGUUGUGGAAUAUAUUUUACCACAUAAAACUGGAUCGGGAAUCGCUUUCUGCUCUCUUGGAUCAGUGCGAGAAGUUGGUGAAGGUCUCGGCGGAUAUCAACAGCUGGAAUAACAGCCGCUAUGCAUCAUUCAUGCGAAUGUGCGACAAACGGACUCUCUCCAAGCUCCGUGCGCAGUGGCGGACCUACAUAAAAAAUGCAAAGCUAGCGGGUCGCGAGAGGAAGGAGUACGACGAGAAAUUCACCAAAGCAUUGAAUGGUACUCUUCUGAAAGUUCCUAAGCACGACAUAUCAUCCACUCUCGCUUCCGGCCCACUCACAAUGGAGGCUGUGGAGAGCACCCAAUCUCUCCUGCGCCAUUAUUGGACGAAGGGGACCUACUCCAUGGACCCGAAGGUUAUCGCUACUACCACAGUUCCGAACCCGACGCUUUCUCAUUCCUUCUCGGGAAAGGUUUUGGCGUUGCAUUAUGGUUCCGACCCACUUCUGGGCAUCCACAUCGGCCCGGCUUUUUGUGGCCUCAAGUCUGCGCCCAAAGUGUACAAGAAGAAGGUUGAGCCUAGUCAUGUUGUGAAGGUGGCGAGACGGGAGUUCUUUGAAUGGGUGAAGUCCUUUAAAGAUGCGCUCACAAAUAAGAAAAAUAAGUUGACGAUACGGUUUUUCAAUGGGGAUGCCAUGUCCUUUUGCAAGGCCUUGAACUACUGUCGAGUUCAAAAGUCGAUAGACACGGGGUAUUACGCAGCACCAUGGACGACUUCUCCUUUACGCCUUGACGGCGGUGACUAUAAUGAGGGCUCGGAGAACAUGGCUCCAGUGAUGUUUAAUGCUAUCGACACCUCCAAUCUCACUGACCAUCUCGGGCUCAUGAAUCUCCUUCUCAUGACCACACCACUUCUUAUAAGAUCGCCAUUGUCAUGUGUAUACAGCGAAACAAAGUUCCGCCCCGGAAACACUCCAAUCGACGCGCUAUCCGACCGGAUAUGUGGUGAUAUUCCAGCGGUUUCGCUACUCUUCGAUUUAGUGCCGGUGUCGUAUCUGAUGCACGUCAACAGUCGUUCAAGCACUCAUGCGGUCCUUCUAACCCUCGUGGGAGACCCCAAGGACGCCGGUGACGGCACUUUUCAGGAGAGAAUAACCUGGAAGUUGGCCUCCCUUAGUGAUCCACUAGCGGUUAAGGUCGAUGGUAUACAAACGAAGAUUUUGGAGUAUGAAUCUGCCCAACUGGCUCGUUUCAUCUUCGGGAUAUAUCAAAAAAUGUUUAAGCCGGACGAGCAUAUGAGGGAUAUCGACCUAAUACAUUAUACCCGCGGGACGUUGGUUCUUCUACUAAAGCUCGUGAAGGACCGCGUCAAGACGGAUUGGGACGAUUUUAUGAAGCGGUUUAAUGAGAUGGUUGUGGGUGAUACGAACUUAUCGCUGGGGAAAAGCAAUUACCAGGAGUUGGCUGCUCAGCUGCAUGUUAUGGGGCUCCACACUUUUGAUUUCCUUGACAAUUACAGACAAGUGUACCCUGAUGCCCAAUCAAACGUGGGAGUAUUUAAAGAUUGGAAGGACGUUCCUCCAGUGGUCUGCAUUGUCCUGACCGUGUCCCGAGGCGCCAUCAGGCCACUUAUCGAGACCGGAGGGGGCGCCGGCAAUCCAUUCUUGCACUGCGAAACAUGGAAUAGAGGUGGCCAAAACUACUAUAGCUGCUUCCAUCCAGUGUUUGGAAAAGCUAGGAGAGAGGGGGAUAGAGUUGUCAUUGACGAGGCACCUGACGGAUGGUACGGGACUUCUCCACUCGUUGUGUCUUUCUGGGUCCCAUCAUGGACCCUGAUAACACACCCAAACGACACGAUAGUUGCCUUUGGAGCUGUUCCUAUGAUGCCUAGGACUACAGGAGCUUUAGCACUCCUGCUAAAGCUGGGACAAAUGAUGCGUCUAAGCGAGACAAAUCUCAUUUCAAAAAAUGUGAUUGUAACGAGGACACGACCAUACCUUUCCUCGGAAAUGGACAAAGUUCGAGCCUUGUCUUUCCAAAGGGAAACAUUUGUUCCGUCACCACUCAGAUCCGUCGAGAUAAGUCCUGUCCGGAUCAAGCUUGAUGAAUCCUGCCAGAAGAUCGCCAGCCUUAUGAUCCGAGGAGACCUCCUAGUGAAGAUUGCGAAGGACAAGCUAUCUAGUGGCGCAGAGGUCACAGUAAUUCAGUCAUCGCCUUGCACUCUCCAAGUCCAGUUCGGUGGACUCAGGCAAACGAUGGCAUUCCCAUUCCCUGUCGAUGUUGCUCAGGCGAAGACGAAAAUUGCAAGGACAUCAUCUUAUAUCGAAGUAAGCAUCAUCGUUAUCAAUUAUAACACGUUCCUUCUAACCCUACCCUCCUUUUUUUUUUACAAAAAAACAACAGGUCUCAGUCCCUGCCUGCUACCCCCUCACCCCAGGCGGCUUCUCUCACAAGAAAUUCCCAGUAAGCCUCACAAAUGGCCGCCCCGCAAACUGGAACAUCCACUACCUGAGCCUAGACAUUCUCCCACAACUUGACCUUCGAAGCCCUCCCGCCCUCUUCUGGAUCACAAACCACCUGAGCAUGAUGUUCUCUGACAGGGAGUCCAUAAUCCGCCAAAAAGCCGUACACGCAGGUGAGGACUGGGUUGUAGACAUUAAGGAAUCCAUCGAGCAUCUCCUCGGCCAAUAUGCUGGUGUCUACGGUACCUCGCGACAAAUGAUUCUCGGUUUGAAAUCCCCCGUUGGAAAAGUCCUCCUAUUAAUCUUCCCAACGGACCUUCGCCUUGACCUUGGCUCUCACACCCUCGUCAUGGAUGCAUGCAUUCUCCCUGUUACCCCAGCUAGCGAACUAGCGGUCGAAGUCGCCUUCAGGAAUAUGUCCCACUCGGGUAUCUCCGCUAUGGCCACCUCCACAGCUGAAGUGACAGCCUGGUGCGAUCUCCUCCCAGCGUUCGUUGAGCGCUGCAGAAACUGGGAGCACAAGGACAACUGUACCUUCAAAAGGGGGGGAAUACCACUUACCCAGGACUUUCACCGCUCGCCGUUGUGCAGCUGUGCCCCUGGAAACCCCUCAGUAGACUUUCUGGGGAAGCGGGAGUGGAGGGGACUAGCCCCUUAUGUUACCAGAGCAGCGAUCUCCCCGAUUCAGCCUGUGUCGUAUCUGGAGCCGGUGGGGUACGAAAGGAUUAAGGCACUGAAGGGGAUGUACGCUGAGAUCACACAGGAGGAGGAGGCGGAGAAAGAGAGGAGGGCAAAGGAAGAAGAGGAGGAGAAGGAAAGGCAGGAGAAGGAAAUGGCGGGGAAGUGCAGAGUCUGUAUGAAGACAGAGAAUUUGAUGAGGUGUGGGAGGUGCAAGAAGGUGGAGUACUGCUCGGGCGUAUGCCAGAAGGCGGAUUGGAAAGAACAUAAAGUUGGGUGUAAAGUUGAUUGAUGGGCUGGUUGGUUAGUUAGGGAUAUCAUCCAUGGCAAGGAAAUUGUUAUUCGCUUGACAAUUUGGGAAUAAGGAGUAUGGUUGUGCAGUAGUGUUGGGCAAAUCAUUCUUUGCACUAAAAAUUGAAUUGACAAAUAUCAUGCUAU